UCCGGGCGGUGGCGGCGGCUCCGCGGCGCCGCGCCCUGUGCAUGGCCGUGGCGCCGAGCAUGGGCCCGGAGCGCGUCUGUCCCCGGGAGCCCGGGCUGCCGGAGGGCCCUGACGGCGCGGCAGGGUGGAGCGGCGACGAGGAGGAGGACGAGGAGGAGGAGGAGGAAGGUGGCGGAGGGUACUUGUACCAGCCACUGAGCCAGGAACCGGAGCAGGGCCCCGGCGAGGCGGGCCCCGGCCUGCAGGAGCGGCUGCAGAUGCUGAGGCUGCACCUGCCCGACCCGCCGACGGACAGCGAGGAGGAGGAGGACGACGUGGCGGAAGGCGCCGCGGCUCAGAGCAGCCGCAGCUCCAUCCCCAUGGAUGCAGAGCAUGUCGAGCUGGUGAAGAGGACAAUGGCCAGCGUGAAGCUGCCUACCCUGGGCAUCCCCGCCUGGGCCAGCCAGAUCUCGGAGGAGCAGUGGAAGGACGUGGUGCAGCGCACACUGCAGGCCCGGCAGAGCCUCGGUGGUCCCCGGCCCGAGUGGAAGUGAGAGCUGAGCUGCAGCACAGGAGCUGCAAACCCCAGCCCUCCCUCCACCCUGCAGGCACCCGCUGCCUCCAAGCCAGGUGCUGACAGGACUUGCCAGUAUCGACCUUCCAGUUUCUCCCACUGACAUUGUCUGAUUUACCUUCCCACUCCUCUUUCCUGGUUCUGGCUGGUGCAUAAGUCAUUGUGAUGUCCUUGUGUUGGCUUGCUCUGCCUCUGAGGAGCCUGACUGGUUUCCAUACCUGUGUGCAUGUGGGGCGAAGGGACUUAGCUGGCUUUGCCCAGAUUCCCUCAGGACAAACACUGGACUUGUCCCUGUGCUGACAGUACCUGAGAAGUCCCUCUCCAGGCUUGGGCCCCUUCUCCCAGGACAGGGCCUGUGUUGGAAUAUCAGAGGCAGAGCCAGAUGUGUCAUUCCAAGAGACUGGUUUUAUUUAGUUCUGUACAUACAGGGACAUCUGUACAAAAUCCAACACUUUCAUACUAUGUAAUGCUCUACUGAAAAUAAAGUACACCAUAUGUACAUAU